GACAGCAAGAUCUCGGAGAAUGACCAAAGCGAGUCAUGUCUUUCCUAGUCCCAGAGCGAACGCGGCAGUGCGUUGAAACGGUGUCCAAGCGCCCUCUCUCCCACUAAAGGCUGUGAGUUUAAACACACGGAGGCUGAACAACUGCAUUAAACAAGAAAAAGAGUUGGACUGGGUCAAAACCAAAAACAAAAAGUUCACAAACUUUCGGGGGAAGAAAAAAACAGCUUUUGAGAGUGAGGAGAAAAAAAAUUUAUGAAGAGAAGAGGGCAAAAAGAGAAACAAUUUAAUAUUUGAAAGAAACCUGGAGAGUACCUUUGCUGGAAUUUCGCCCACCACCUCUCAGGCUUCAUUCAGAUUUGAUGCGUUUUGCAGUCGGGGGGUUGAGUUGGAAAGGUGUGCUGCGUUCGCCACUCUCACCAUGGUCUGGUCAGGUAGGGGCCGUAACUUGCUCGCCGUGUUGCUGCUGCUGUUGAGCUUGUGUUGGGACGCCGCGUCGAACCAGCUGCGCCAACUGUUUGAGGUGCAGGAAGAGCGGCCGCCCGGCACGGUGGUCGGUACUAUUCUCACCAAGCCCGAGUUCACUUACCGAUUCAGCGAGCGGCACGCCUUGUUCGCCAUCAACGCCAGCACAGGUGUCAUCUCCACCACCUCGGUGAUCGACCGCGAGUCCCUGCCGGCGGACGUGAUCAACAUUGUGGUGUUGUCCAGCCAGCCCACCUACCCCACCGAGGUGCGCAUCUUAGUGCUGGACAUUAACGACAACACGCCGGUCUUCCCCGAGCCCUCUAUCGUGGUGACCUUCCGAGAGGACGCGAGCGGCGGCCGCCAGGUCAUCCUGGACACUGCGACCGACGCGGAUACCGGCUCCAACGGGGUGGACCACCGCUCCUACCGGAUCGUUCGGGGCAACGAGGAAGGCAAGUUCCGCCUGGACAUCACCGUCAACCCGAGCGGGGAAGGCGCCUUCCUGCACCUGGUGUCCACCGGCGCCCUGGACCGGGAGACGGCGCCUUUCUACCAGCUGCUGGUCGAGGUGGAAGACCGGGGGCUCCCCAAGAGAUUCGGUUAUCUGCAGGUCAAUGUCACGGUGCAGGACACGAAUGACAACCCGCCCAGCUUCUCUCAACCUCACUACCGGGCCAGUGUCUACGAGGACGUGGCCGUAGGCUCCAGUGUCCUGCAAGUGUCGGCCAGCGACCUGGACGAGGGUCUCAACGGGGACGUGAUGUACUCGCUGGACGAGGGCAGCCCGUUCCAGAUCGAGCCCCACACCGGUGUGCUCACCGUACGGGAAAGCCUGGACUACGAGAGCAAGAAGCUGUACUCGCUGGUGAUCCGAGCCCGGGACGGCGGGAGCCCUCCCCUGAGCGGCCGAGCCGAAGCCACGGUGCAGCUGCUGGACGUGAACGACAACGAGCCGGUGGUGAAGUUCCGCUACAUGCCGGCCAGCUCCAAGUUCGCGGCGGUGGACGAGAACGCGCCGGUGGGCACCGUGGUGGCGCUGCUGACGGUCAGCGAUGCCGACUCGUCUGCAAACGGCAACAUCUCGGUGUCCAUCCUGGGCGGGAACGAGCAGCGGCACUUUGCGGUGCAGCGUUCCCCGGUACCGGGGCUUAGCCUCAUCAAGGUGGCGAGCUCCCUGGACCGGGAGCGUAUCCCCUCCUACAAUCUGAGCGUCUCGGUGUCCGACCACGGAGUGCCGCUCGCCCGCAGCUCGCUGGCCAGCUUGCUCAUCUUCGUCAACGAUAUCAACGAUCACGCCCCGGUCUUCGAGCACUCCCUGUACCGGGUGGAGGUCGCCGAGGACGUGCCGGUGGGCAGCUACAUCGGAGGCAUCUCGGCCACCGACGGCGACUCGGGACUCAACGCCCGGCUCCGUUACUCGCUGGUGUCCGGUAACCGUUUGGGCUGGUUCCACCUGAGUGAGGACAGCGGGCUGGUGACCAGCGCUGCCCGGUUGGACCGGGAGACCACCUCCCGGCUCACCCUCAACAUCAGCGCCCAGGACCAGGGCAUCCAGCCCAGAACUUCCUAUACCACCCUCAGCAUCACCAUCCGCGACGUGAACGACCAGGCACCCGCAUUCCCCCGCCGCUCCUACCGCUACUCGGUCCCCGAGAACUCUCCCCCCGGUACCGAGCUGGCCAUCUUCACCGCCCUGGACAAAGACCUGGGAGCCAACGGUACGGUCCGCUUCCUCCUGGACCCCGACAGCCCGGCGCGUUACCGUGACCUCUUCCGACUGGACCCGGUGUCCGGCCGCCUCACCAGUGUCACCGAGCUGGACCGAGAGGAACACGCCGAGUACAACCUGUCGGUGCAGGCCCGGGACAAAGGUAACCCCCCGCUCUCCUCGGCGGUCCAGGUGACCGUCAUCCUGCAGGAUGUCAAUGACAACAGCCCGACCUUCUACCCCGUGCAGUACUUCGCCACCAUCAAAGAGAACGAGCCCCCUGGGACCCACAUCACUACCGUUUCGGCUGCCGACCCGGAUUUAGGCAGGAACGGUACGGUCAGGUACUCCAUCACAGCGGGGGACACGCUUAGCUUCCAGAUUCACCAGCACACCGGGGUAAUCUCCACCAGACUUUCACUGGACAGAGAGCAGAAGACAGCUUACCAGCUCCAGGUAAUUGCCACUGAUGGUGGAAAUCUCCGGUCCCAGAAUCCAGCCAUUGUUACCAUCACUGUCAUUGACACCCAAGACAAUCCACCAUCAUUCAGCCAUAGCAGCUACAGUUUUGUAAUAUUUGAAAAUAUUGCCAUUGGUUCACUUGUUGGCACUGUAUCUGCAUCUACACUUGAUCUUAAUAUCAACAUCACUUACCUUAUUACUUCAGGAGACCAGAAGGGGAUGUUUAUCAUUGGUGAAUCAACGGGUCAAAUUGACACUGCCAGCACCAUAGACAGAGAGGACCAAGCAUUUUACCAGUUAAAAGUUGUUGCAAGUGGUGGCACUGUGACAGGGGAGACUUUGGUGAAUAUCACCGUCAAGGAUCUGAAUGAUAAUUCUCCACGAUUCCCUCAUGCUGUUGAAAAUAUUAAUGCAGUUGAAAACUGGAAUUCGGGACAUGUUAUUUUCCAGGCUGAAGUAGAAGAUCCUGAUGAAGGCAUUAAUGGCAUGGUUUCAUAUUCGUUGCGGCAGAAUCCUAAAGACCUCUUUCACAUUGAUGAGCGAACUGGAAUAGUGACUUUAAAUGGACCACUUGACAUCAAUGCAGGCUCAUAUCAAGUGGAGGCAAUAGCAACUGACAUGGGUGUCCCUCAGCGUUCGUCUAGUUUGAUUUUAACUGUCUAUGUGCAUGAUGUGAAUGAUAACUCACCUGUUUUUGAUCAGCUUUCGUAUGAGGUUACGAUUUCAGAGGCAGAACCUGUGAAUUCUAGGUUCUUCAAAGUCUGGGCUUCUGACAAAGAUUCUGGAGUGAAUGGGGAGAUUACCUAUGAUAUUAUGCAAGGAAACCGAGAAAAGAAGUUUGGCAUUUUUCCUGAUGGACACUUGUAUAUUAAGACGGAAUUGGAUCGUGAAUCUCAAAGCCAUUAUAUCUUGCUGGUUGUUGCUACAGACAGAGCAGUGGAGCCUCUGAGUGCAACUGUGAAUGUGACAAUAAUACUAGAAGAUGUAAAUGAUAAUAGACCUUUAUUCAACAGCACAAAUUAUGUCUUCCAUUUUGAGGAGGAGCAGAAAGCUGGCUCAGUAGUUGGUUUUGUCAAUGCUGUAGACAAUGAUUUUGGAUUUAAUGGUGAAGUGAAAUAUACUCUUGAAACAGCCCAACUUGACUUUGACCUUAAUGCAGUCACUGGGGAAAUUACAAGUAUACACAAAUUUGACAGGGAGGCUUUAAUGAGGCAAAGAGGGGCUGCAGUCUUCACCUUUACAGUAAUUGCAUCAGACCAAGGAUUACCAAAACCUCUCCAGGACCAUGCUACUGUUCAGAUUUACAUCAAAGAUAUAAAUGAUAAUGUACCCAGAUUCACUAAAGACAUAUAUCAGGCCACAAUAUCGGAAUCAGCUGGAAAUCUAACGCAAGUACUUCGUGUCAGUGCUUCAGAUGUUGAUGAGGGAAGUAAUGCUUUGGUCAAUUUCUAUAUCAUUGAAGGGAAUGAAGAAGAACAAUUUACAAUUCAAAGUACCACAGGACAGGUGACAUUGGUAGGAAAGCUGGACCAUGAAGCUACAGCUUCCUACUCUUUGACUCUCCGUGCAGUGGACUUGGGCACUAUACCUUUAAGUUCCACAUGUGCCUUAGUUAUCAUGGUGCUGGAUGAAAAUGACAACACUCCCUCAUUUCCUAAAUCUGUGAUGUAUAUUGAUGCAUUAGAAAAUAUGCGAGUUGGAGAGCUCAUAGAAUCUGCAACUGCUACUGAUUCAGAUUCAGGGGACAAUGCUGAGAUCCAUUACAGCAUUACAGGAAGUAACAACCAUGGAACAUUUAGCAUUAGUCAUAAUACCGGUAGUAUCUUCCUUGCCAAAAAAAUGGACUUUGAAACCCAAUCUGUCUACCAUUUGAACAUAACAGCUAAAGAUAAUGGAAGGCCAUCAAGGUCCUCAACAAUGUCUGUCGUGAUCCAAGUUAGAGAUUUUAAUGAUAAUCCACCAAGGUUUCCGCCUGGUGAUAUUUUUAAGUCUAUUGUGGAAAAUAUUCCUAUUGGUACAUCUGUACUGACAGUAACUGCUCAAGACCCUGAUGCUGAUAUUAAUGGAGAAUUACAGUAUUGUAUAGCCCAGCAAAUACCGAGGGGAAACCAUUUUGUAAUCAGUGCUUCUGAUGGGACAUUGCGGACCAACGCAGAGAUUGACCGUGAAUUUUCCAAUCUAUUUGAACUUACCGUUAAAGCCAUUGAUCAGGCAGUUCCAUUAGAUUUCAGACGUUUUGCUUUAAAGAAUAUCACUAUAUUAGUGACAGACCAGAAUGAUAAUGCCCCUGUAUUUGUAUCACAAAAUGCUCUAGUUGCUGAUAGUGCUCUCGUAAUGGGUUCAAUUCUCACGACUAUCACGGCUGUAGACCUCGAUGAAGGGCCAAAUGGAGAGGUUGAGUAUGAACUAGUUAGUGGUGAUAGUGACACCUUCAUGAUGGAUCGAUAUAAUGGAGAUAUUAGAGUUAUCGCACCAUUACUUCCUUCUAGACUCACAUACCAUCUUGUUGUGUCAGCUUCAGACUUUGGACCAGAGAAAAGAACAACCAGCACUGAGCUGACUGUUAUUCUUCAGGGUGUAGAUGGACCUGUCUUUACUCAGCCAAAGUACAUCACCAUUUUACGUGAAGGAGAGCCUGUGGGUACCAGUGUGAUCUCUUUAGAGGCAGCAAACCCAAGAGAUUCUUCAGCAUUACUGGAGUAUUACAUAGUUUCAGUUCGCUGUGGGGGAAAAUCGGUGGGACGGCUUUUCACAAUAGGGCACCGAAGUGGUGUCGUUCAAACUGCUGCCGUGUUGGAUCGAGAGCGAGGUCCAAAUCUGUACCUUGUGGAUGUUUAUGCUGUAGAAAAAUCUUCAAGCUUUCCUAGAACACAGAAAGCAGAGGUGGAAAUAACACUACAGGAUAUUAAUGACAACCCUCCUGUAUUUCCCACUGAUGCAAUGGAUGUCAUUAUUGAAGAAAACAUUGGAGAUGGUUUUCGAAUAUUACAACUGUCAGCUACAGACGCAGAUGAGGGUCCAAAUGCCCUUGUGACGUAUACAAUUAUUAGUGGAGCAGACAACAGUUUUCGUAUUGAUCCAGAAUCUGGAGAUCUUCUAGCCACUAAGCGGUUGGACCGAGAGCGCCGUUCCAAGUAUUCUUUGCUGGUGCGGGCUGAUGAUGGGCUGCAAUCCUCAGAUAUGCGAAUUAACAUCACCGUCAGUGACGUUAACGAUCACACACCAAAAUUCUCCAGAGAUGUUUAUUCAUUUGACAUACCAGAGGACACUGCACCAGGGUCAAUUGUAGCAGCCACUUUGGCCAGUGAUGCAGAUUCUGGCACUAAUGGGGAAAUCACAUACACGGUAGAUGAGGAUGAUCAAGAUGGGGUGUUUUUCCUCAAUUCUGUGACUGGUGUUUUCAAUCUGACGCAAACCCUGGAUUAUGAGAAGCAACCAUAUUACAUUCUUACUGUUCGAGCAGAAGAUGGUGGAGGACAGUCCAGCACAGUCAGAGUUUACUUCAAUGUACUGGAUGUGAAUGAUAAUCCUCCCAUUUUCAAUCCGUCCACCUACAGCACUACAGUGAUGGAAAAUCUUCCCCCUGGAGUAAGCAUUCUAACCGUAAAAGCAACUGAUGCAGAUGAUGGACUCCAUUCUCAAUUAGCAUACAACAUUGCAUCAGGAGAUUCACAGCAACAUUUUGACAUCAAUAAUAAUGGUGUUCUAAGUAUUAAGCAACAGCUCGAUCGGGAAAGCCAGUCAUUCUACAACCUGCUGAUUAGGGCUCACGAUUUAUCUACUGUCCCAGCAAGUAGGCUUACAAGCACGGUGCAAGUGUCUGUGAUUCUGUUGGAUGUCAAUGACAGCCCUCCGAGGUUUAUUUCAUCUAAGAUGGCUUACAUGCAGGAAAACUCUCCAACGAACACAAUCGUCUAUAAAGCUCAAGCCACUGAUCCUGACAGUGGACCAAACAGUUACGUUGAGUACACGCUACUAAGCCAUGCAGGAAACAAGUUCAGCAUUGGCAUAAUAGAUGGAGAAGUACGACUGACUGGUGAACUUGACAGGGAAGACGUAUCGAAUUAUACAUUGACUGUGAUUGCUACAGACAAGGGCGAGCCUCCACUCACCUCGACAAUGGACGUUACUGUGAUUGUGCUUGAUGUAAAUGAUAACCCUCCUGUCUUUCAGCAACUUCUCUAUGAAGUUGAGAUUAGUGAAGAUAUACUUAGCGGUGUUGACCUCAUCCAAGUUACUGCAGCUGAUUUAGACGAAGGAGCUAAUUGUCAGAUUCGCUAUCACAUCGCCCGUGGCAAUUUAAACAAUGAUUUUCGAAUUGACUCUGUUACGGGUGUAGUGUCAGUAGCCAAGCAACUUGAUCGGGAAACAACACCCUCGUAUAAUCUGGUUGUCCAAGCAACUGAUCGUGGGAGCAGCCCCCAAUCUGCAACAGCUGUAGUAAACAUUAAUCUUACAGACAUGAAUGACUUUCUACCAAUUUUUGAACUAUCGCCUUACAGUGUGCAUGUGCAGGAGGGUAUACAGAGUCUGCCGAUGUCUAUCCUGCAGGUUGUAGCUCGGGAUGAUGACCAAGGGCUAAACAGUCAGCUGAUGUACACCAUUAUUGGUGGGAAUGACAAAGGAGCUUUUACCCUGACACCCAAUGGGCAGCUAAGUCUGGUCAUGAACCUGGAUCGUGAAACGACAGCACAGUUUGUCCUCACUAUUAUCGCUACAGAUGCAGGAUCUCCAGUUCUUACUGGCACAGGCACUAUCAUCUUGAUUGUUGAUGAUAUCAAUGACAAUAUUCCAGCGUUUGCUUUCAAAACUUACCAUGCCAUAAUCGCUGAAGAUGUUCCAACAGGGACUGAUGCCUUACUUGUAAACGCCACUGAUGUUGAUGAAGGUUCAAAUGCAGUUAUUAGCUACAGCCUGGUUGGUGGCAACUCCCAAUUUUCCAUUAAUCCAUCUACUGGACAAAUUAUCACAAGUGCUCUGCUGAACAGAGAAAGCAAAGAAACAUACAGUCUUGUGGUGGUAGCUACCGAUGGAGGCAUACCUCAAGCCAUGUCCAGUUCAGCCACUGUGUUUAUUACAAUUUCAGACAUCAAUGACAACCCUCCGAAAUUUCGUCACUUCCCAUAUGUUACUCAUAUCCCAUCACCAACAAAUGCAGGUUCAUUUGUGUUUGCCGUGACAGUUUCAGAUGACGAUGAAGGCCCCAAUGCAGAACUCCAAUAUUCCUUGACAGGAAGAAAUGCAGAAAGAUUCCAAAUUGAUCCAAGUCGUGGUGCUAUCAUGGCUGCACAGAAGUUAACUGGAGGCACUGACAUAACAAUUACUGUCAAUGUUAAAGACAGAGGAAUGUAUCCAAUGUCAGACUCCACCACUGUGACAGUAAGAUUUGGAAACGAAGCUGAUUUUCCUCAAAUAAAUGCAGGUCAACAGUCUUUUACUUUCCCAGAAGACCAGAAGAUUGAUACCUACAUUACAACAGUGUCAGCUUCUUCAAAAAGAAGCCCUAUAAGAGGGUCAUUAUCUUACUAUAUUGCCAGUGGUAACCUUGGUGAUGUCUUCCACAUUGAUCAACUUACAGGGAAACUUGUUCUCAAAAAGUCAUUAGAUUUUGAAGCUGUUCAGAAGUAUGUUCUGUGGAUUGAAGCCAGAGAUAUGGGGUACCCUCCCUAUUCUUCCUAUAAGCAAUUGAAUAUCACUGUACUAGAUGUCAAUGACAACGCACCAGUUUUUAAACAGAAUCCUUUCAUAGCUAAUGUAAUGGAGAAUACCUUCUCACACAAAAUAAUCACUGUUGUAGCAGAAGAUAAGGACAGUGGUCCCAGUGGUCAAAUAGAGUAUACUAUACUGGAUGGUAACAGAGGCAAUAAUUUCAAUAUCAACAGAGAAACUGGGGAGAUCAGAAAUACCAAACGUUUGGAUAGAGAAAAGGAGGCCCAGUAUACCUUAACUGUACAGGCAACAGAUAAAGGACCUUCCUCAAGUAGCUCUGUCUGUCAUGUCAUUGUCAACGUCCUGGAUGAAAAUGACAAUGCCCCAAGAUUCUCACAGAUAUUUAGUGCUCAGGUGUCUGAAAAUGCUGCUAUUGGCUACACUGUGACACGUGUUACAACUUCAGAUGAGGACACUGGAGUGAAUGCUGUUAGUCAGUACUCCAUACGAGAUGUAAGUCUUCCCUUCUCAAUAAAUGCAAAGACCGGAGAUAUCACAGUUAGCAGGCCUCUGAAUCGGGAGGACGUGGAGCGCUACACAGUCAAAGUUUAUGCCCAUGAUUCUGGGUGGACAGUGAAUACAGACAUUACUGUUUUUGUGACAGAUGUAAAUGAUAAUGCCCCACGAUUUACUCAACCCUCGUACUAUCUUGAUUACCCAGAACUCACUGAGAUUGGGUCCAGUGUUACUAAGGUAGUAGCUACAGAUCCUGACAAUGGCCUUAAUGGUCAAGUGUUUUACUUCAUAAAAUCACAGUCAGAAUUCUUCCGAAUAAAUUCCAGCACAGGAGAGGUCUAUACCAAACAAUACACAAAAUAUCAUAAUUCCUCAGGUUCUAACAAUCUGAAUAUAAACAGGCAUAGUUUUAUUAUAACAGCCUCAGACAGAGGUAGAAUUCCCUUGAUGAGUGAAACUACAGUCAUUAUCAACAUUGUGGACAGUAAUGACAAUGCACCACAGUUUGAAUCUGAAAACUAUUUUACUCCUGUUACUAAGAAUGUCAAGGUUGGUACAAGAUUAAUCAAAGUCACUGCAGUGGAUGAUAAGGAUUACAACUUAAAUUCAGAAAUAGAGUACCACGUUACUGGUGGAAACAGUUCAAAUCAAUUCACACUGAACAAGAAUAAUGGUUGGGUUUCCGUUGCUUCCACUCUGAGAGCCAAUGUGAAUAAAGUGUUUUUAAUCAUAAUCACAGCAAUGGAUAAAGGCAAUCCCCCACUGAGUGCAACAUCCACUGUUCGUAUUUUGGUAACUGAAGAGAACUUGCACACGCCUCAAUUCUCUCAGAGCCACAUUAGCAUCAUAGUUCCUGAAAGCCUUGCCAUUGGAACAGUAAUCAGAACUGUUUCAGCCAGAGAUAAAGAUGCUGAUAUGAAUGGGUUAAUCAGAUAUAACAUUUCUAAAGGAAAUGAUGCUAAAUUGUUCUCUAUUAUUAAUACAACGGGUGCAAUAUCUCUAGCUGGCCACUUGGACUAUGAGACUCAACAAAUGCAUGAACUGACCAUAAGUGCUGAAGAUGGAGGUUGGGUGAAAAGAGCUGGCUACCUAAGUGUGACCAUUCACAUCACUGAUUCAAAUGAUAAUUCGCCACUGUUCAACCCGGAUGAGUAUUUUCCAACUAUAUCAGAAAAUGCCCCAAGUGGUACCACUGUUGUUCAGUUGAAUGCUACGGAUGCAGAUUCUGGAGCUAAUGCUGUAAUAGCUUAUGCAAUUGAGACGAGUGACAGUGACCUUUUUGUCAUUGAUCCAAACACUGGAGUCAUCACAACUCAAGGAUUUUUAGACUUUGAAGUAAAACAGACUUAUCACACGUAUGUGAAAGCCUUUAAUGUCCCAGAUGAAGACCACUUUAGCUUUGCCAAUGUUUAUGUGCAGCUCAGUGGUGUAAAUGAGUAUGUUCCACGUUUCGUGUCCAGACAGUAUAGCUUUGAGGUUUCAGAGGCAGCUUCAAAAGGUACCACUGUUGGUGAAGUAUUUGCCAGUGAUCGAGACCUUGGGAAUGAUGGAGUUGUCACCUACCUCCUUGUUGGUAAAAGCAGAAGCAAAGGAUUAAGAAUUGAUAAAAAUACCGGACAAAUUUAUGUAUCUGGGCAACUUGAUCGGGAAAAGGAAGAGAAAAUUUCCUUGAGGGUUCUGGCUAAGAAUGCUGGAAGUAUCCGUGGAUUUGAUGUUGAUGAAGUCUUUGUAAAUAUUACUAUACUGGAUGCCAAUGAUCCUCCCGUUUUCACAUCUGAGGAGUACAAUGUGCAGAUUAAUGAGGGAGCAGCACCUGGGUCUCAUGUCAUUUUCGUAAGUGCCUUUGAUUCUGACUCGGUUCCCAGUUGGAGCAGAUUCACUUACCAUAUCGGAUCAGGAAAUGAAAAGGGUGCCUUUUCUAUUGAUUCUCAGACUGGGCAGGUUUCAGUGGCGGCAGAACUGGAUCGUGAGUCCGUACCCAUAUAUAACCUCUCCAUAUUAGCUGUUGAUUCAGGAGUGCCUUCAGCCACAGGUAGCACCUAUUUACUUGUCAACCUGGAGGAUAUUAAUGACAAUGGGCCUACUUUAAUAUCUACAACUGGAGAAGUUGUGGAGAACCAACGUGCAGGGGCUGUUGUGAUGACACUAAAUGCCACUGAUCCAGACCUUCCACCAAACCAAGGUCCUUUCACUUACCAUUUGCUCAGCACAGGCCCUGCUACCAGCUACUUCAGUUUAAGCUCAGGGGGUAUCCUCACAACAACCAGAGAAAUUGACAGGGAGCAGAUCAGUGAUUUCCACUUGUCAGUGGUCACACGAGAUUCUGGCACUCCACAGAUGUCUUCCAUAAGUACUGUACAUGUUGUAAUAAAUGAUCAGAAUGACAACCCAUCUGAGCCCAGAACAGUGGAGAUAUUUGUUCACUAUUUUGGAAACCUGUUUCCUGGUGGAGCCUUGGCGAGUGUGAAGCCCCAAGAUCCAGAUAUAUUGGACACUUUCCAGUGCACUCUGACUAUGGGGUCUACCACUCUUUUUAACAUCCCAGUAGGUACUUGCAAUCUAAAUUCCCAGCCAAGGUCAACAGAUGGAACUUUUGAUCUAAUUGUGCGUAGUAGUGAUGGAUUGCACAGUGCAGUCAACAACAAUGUCCAUGUAUUCUUCAUGGGAUUCAAUAAUGCCACUAUAGACAAUAGUGUCCUCCUUUCGCUAAAUAUUGCAACAGUGAAAGAUUUUCUGACCAACCAUUACCUUCACUUCCUACGGAUUGUUAACUCUCAACUGUCACAAAUGGGAACUGCAGUACAGAUCUAUGGGUUUUAUGAACAGGAUGAAAAAACAUAUAUAAUGGCAGCUGUGAAACGAUUUAGCAAUCAGUAUGUAAGUCCCAGUGGGGUAGCCACUUUUUUUGAAAGCAUUAAGGAAACAUUAUUCAGACAGAGUGGAGUACGAAUCGAUUCCGUGGACCAUGACCCUUGCACUACCGAGCCAUGUCAGAAUGGUGGAAGCUGUGUGAAGAGACUUGCUGUAAGUCCAUCAUUACAAAGCGAGGAAAGUGUCCCAGUGAUCAUUGUGGCCAACACAGCUCUCAAACCAUUCAUCUGUCGAUGUCUACCAGGAUACUCUGGACAUGCCUGUGAAACUGACAUAGAUGAGUGCCUUCCAUCCCCUUGCCACAAUGGUGGAACCUGCCAUAAUUUAUUAAGUAGAUUUUCGUGCACCUGCCUGGAAGGGUUUAUGGGCACUGCUUGUGAAAGGGACAUUAAUGAAUGUCAGUCGAAUCCCUGCAAAAAUGAUGGAACUUGCCAGAAUUUCCCAGGAGGUUUUAGCUGUACAUGUAAAGCUGGAUAUACAGGUAAAACAUGUGAUUCUACUAUUAACUACUGUGAAUGCAACCCAUGUUUUAAUGGAGGAACCUGCCAGAGUCAAGCUGCUGGUUAUUACUGCCACUGUCCAUUUGGUGUCUUUGGGAAGCACUGUGAACUGAAUAGUUAUGGAUUUGAAGAACUGUCUUACAUGGAAUUCCCUAGUCUGGACCCAAACAACAAUUACAUCUAUAUCAAAUUUUCCACUAUUAAAGAAAACUCUUUGUUAAUGUAUAACUACGACAAUCAGACAGGAAACAAGGCUGAGUUCCUAGCUCUCGAGAUUGUGGAAGGCAAGAUGAAAUUCUCAUUCAACCUGGGGAACGGAGCACACAGACUGAUGACGACUAAGAAGGUCUCUGAUGGACAGUUUCACACUGUGGUUGCUAGAAGGGCUGGACUGGUGGCAUCUCUCACUGUAGACUCAUGUUCUGAAGAUCAGGAUGCCGGUUACUGCACAGCAACCAGCUUGACUUCAGCAACUGAUUGGACCUUAGAAGUGCAGCCCAACAGAUUAACAGUGGGCGGAAUCAGAUCCGUAGAACCGAUUCUUCAAAGGAAAGGACAGGUGGUCACCCAUGACUUUGUUGGAUGUGUGAUGGAAUUUGCUGUUAAUGGUCGCCCAUUGGAACCCAGUCAAGCUCUGGCAAGCCAUGGAAUUCUUGACAGGUGCAUCCGAUUAGAAGGAGCUUGUCUAAACAGUCCCUGCCAACAUGACAGCUCAUGCAUGGAUUAUUGGUCAUGGCAGCAAUGUAACUGCAAGCAUGGAUUUACAGGAAAAUAUUGUGAAAAAUUGAUCAACGUGGACACCGCAUUGUCACUGGAUGGUAGAGGACGCCUGGACUAUUCAAUUAAUCAAAAUAAGAAGCGAGACUAUUUAGUAAAGCAGAGUUUGAAAGGGCAACCUCCAGAUUCUGUAAGUGCCAGCAGCCUGGACAUAAAGUUCAGAACAAGAAGCAAAAAUGGCAUUUUAAUUCAUGUCCAGGAAAACAGUAAUUAUACUACUGUGAAGGUGAAAAAUGGGAAAGUACAUUAUACCUCUGAUGCUGGUGUUGGUGGUAAGGUAGAAAGGAACAUCCCAGAGAUUUCUGUUUCAGAUGGCCAGUGGCAUACUAUUGUGAUUCAGAAAAAUGGAUCCAUUACCACCUUUUCAGUUGACAGGAUACGUACUAAAGAAAUACUUCAUAACACCCAGGAUUUUGGAGGAUUGAAUGUCCUCAUGGUUUCCCUUGGAGGCAUACCUCCGGGUCUGAAUUACCAAAGCACUGAUCCAGAUUUUGAUGGCUGCAUCUCUUAUGUGACAUAUAAUGGAGAAACACUGCCCUUCACUGGAAAGCACAGGGAUGUUACAAUAUUGAAAAGUGAUCCUUCUGUUAAGAUAGGAUGUAGAGGUCCUAAUGUAUGUGCAAGUGACCCGUGCUCAAGUGGACUGAUGUGCGUGAACCAAUGGUAUGCAUAUGAUUGCGUCCUACCUGGAGAAUGUGCUUCCAGUCCUUGUCAGAAUGGAGGGAGCUGUGAGCCUCUUUCAAAAUCUGGAUUUGCCUGCACGUGCCCUGAACUCUAUACUGGAGAAACAUGCGAGACAGUGGUGGCAUGUGUUGGUGUUCAGUGUCCCCCAGGAACUAUUUGCAGAGCUGGAGUAGAUAAAGGAUACACCUGCAGUGCUAAACCACAAGCUGAGGAGCUUUCUUUGCCACUCUGGGCAGUCCCUGCGAUAGUAGGCAGCUGUGCCACAUUCCUUGCUCUCAUUGUACUUGGUCUGAUUGUGUGUAACCAGUGUCGAGGCAAAAAGGCAAACGUUCAAAAGGAUGGGAAGACGAAGAAAAAGAAAGAGAAAAAGAAAAAAGGUAGUGAGAAUGAAGGUUUUGAUGACCCAGAUAAUCUCCCUCCGUAUGAUGAGGAGCUGACUGUGAGAAAGCAGCCUGAAGGAGUUCCAAAACCUGAUAUAAUUGAGAGGGAAAAUCCAUACUUGAUCUUCGAUGAGACAGACAUCCCACACACAACAGAUACAUUACCAAGUGGGCAGCCCUGCAUAGGGCCUGAAACAGAACUUGAGCAUUAUGACAUAGAAAAUGCCAGCAGUAUUGCCCCUUCAGAUGCAGACAUUAUACAACACUAUAAGCAUUUUCGUAGUCAUACCCCUAAAUUUUCCAUCCAAAGGCACAGUCCACUUGGGUUUGCCCGACAAUCUCCUCUCCCACUAGGAGCAAGUAGUUUAAGCUAUCAACCUUCCUAUAAUCAAGGAUUGAGAACAGCCACACUGAGUCAUAGUACAUGCCAAAAUCCUAACCCGUUGUCUCGGCACAGCCCUGCACCAUUCUCAAAACCAGGAAGUUUCUACCGUAAUAGCCCAGCAAGAGACUUGCACCUAGCAAGAAGGGAAGGAAGCCCUAAUGAUAUACAUUCUGAUGUUUGCCAGCCUGGUAUUUUUAAUUAUGCUUCACGACUAGGAAGGAGGAGCAAAAGUCCCCAGACCAUGACAAGCCAUAGUCAUGGUUCAAGGCCUGGCAGCCGCCUAAAACAGCCUAUUGAGCAGAUUCCUCUGGAGACCACACCACCUGUAGGAUUGUCCAUCGAGGAGGUUGAAAGACUCAAUACCCCUCGCCCUAGAAACCCAAGUAUCUGUAGUGCAGAUCAUGGACGGUCAUCCUCAGAUGACGACUGUAGAAGACCUCUUUCCAGAAUGAGAAACCCAGCUGAUGGUACGCCUGCCCCAGAAUCAUCUUCAGACAGUGACUCACAUGAGUCCUUCACCUGCUCUGAGUUUGAGUAUGACAGGGACAAGCCUGCAGUCUACACUUCACGAAUGCCAAAACUGUCUCAAGUCAAUGAAUCUGACGCAGAUGAUGAAGACAAUUAUGGCGGCAAAUUGAAGCCACGGAGAUAUCAUGGUCGUAGGGCAGAAGGAAAUUCUACAGUCCUGCAGGCAAGUAAUGAAGACUAUAAGACACAACCCAAGCUUGGACCACACGGAGCUGUGACAGGAGCAUUUAACUGGGACAGUCUAUUAAAUUGGGGACCUGGUUUUGGGAAUUAUGUGGAUGUUUUCAAAGAUCUUGCAUCACUUCCCGAAAAUGUAUCAACAGAGGCAAAAGAAGAAGCAUUAAACACUGUUGCACAAAGUGCAGCUACAUCUAAUGAUGCAGAAGCAGAAGAAUAUGUAUAGAUAUAAUUUAUAUAGACUGUUAACUUUAAUACAUUAAUAUCUGCAAUUCACUGUCAAUGAGAAGCUAUGUAAUGGAACCCUUUCAAAAUCAUGUCCUCGUCUCAUCAACCUUUGCCAGAUGCUAUGUCUCAUUUUUUUGCUAAUGAAGCAUUUUGGUCUGAGAUGAACAUUGUCUUUCAGGGUUCCACUGCAUCUCCAGCACACGAAGAACAAUUGCAUUAAAAGCACAUAAGGAUCACAGUGAUGUUUGUGUUCCGCAGUUGCGGAAUAUUUUUCCUGACUUUUCCUUUCAGAACUGAAAACAUAUGUGUUUGAUCUGUUUGAGCACAGUGUGUUUAAUAUUAAGCCACUGGCACUAAAACAGCACACAAGUUGGCUAGCAAUUGAAACAGUUGUGCCAAUGUUGGGAAGAGUGCUUCAGAACUGCCUUGGUAUAGAUUUCUCUCUCCCUCCCGUCUCCUUCCACUAUACAUUAGUCUGACUUCUCAUUGGGUGCAGUUUAUUCUGUCAUAAAAUAAAUAUAUCAGCACCCAGUAGAACUAUGUGAACUGUUCAGUCUAGCAUUGGAGAAAGAUUCAUUUUAUUGUUUUUAACAUUAGGAAUUAUUGUUCUCACUUCCUUAAAAAGCAAUGCUCCCCUCCAUUGUUUGAUAUGGGGCCAAUAUGAGGGAAAACUUGAAAAAUUCUUGUUUGGCAUAGAGCUAGCCUUCAAAAUUUUGGUGCAAACUUUAAAUUCUAUUCUAUGUCCUAUUUUCAGGCUUCUUACUUUUAUACCAUUUUAGUACCCUGUAACUUUAAAAAAAAACAGCUCUGUUUGUUACUGAUGAUAUUUUCUUACAAAGUUCAAAGAAAAAUGAUUCGUGUUUCUUACUUUCAGGGAAGGUAAGAUUGAAUACUUUUUGCAUUUGUUACUUAUGUAACACCAGUAUUUUUUUCAUUUUUGAUAUAAGUGUAACAUACUGUAUCCUUUGUACAC